AUGUCUUUGCCAAAUGAUGUCAGUAUGGAAGAAAUACUGCUGGAAGAUGAUGACCGAGACAGCAUAGAAUACAAGAUCCUAAUGGCCUAUGCCCAGCGACGGUUGUCUGUCAGUAAAUACAAGGAACUACUGAAAAAUGAGGCUAACGUUCGGAAAUCAUCGUCCUUAAUCAGGAGAAAAGUAGAGAUUGACCAUCAAUGGGUUAAAGGUGGACCAAGAAGAAGAGUAGUUUUUCAGGGUGGCGUGAUGCAGCAGCACAGCAAAAAGCAACCACCAAGAAAAUACGGGCUAGGAUAUCGUCUACCUUUUCUCUGUGGCAGAGCAGAGCUGCAAGGACCCUCAUUGCACCAAGAUCACACGGCACAUUCCUCCAUUUCUGAGGCACAAUAUGAGAGCCUUCAAGAAGGGAAUUCUCAGCAUCAGACAACAGGAUCCCUGCUGGAGUCCCCUCACCGGGCGAUGCCCACAGCCGCGGUCAUUACACAGGUGGAUAAAGCCAGUCUGCUUGCUGAGUUCUCCCAGGGGCAUGUGAGUAAAUCACUGAAUCAUUUCCUGGAAAAAUUAAUUGCUGCCUUUAUUUCCCACCCUCCUUCCCAACCAGGUGAAAUAGCAGAUGUCAACGACAUUGCAGACAAACUCACCCAGCUUGUUACUACCAGAUCCCAGGAACCUCCUUCAGAUGUGUCAUUCAAGAUAAUGCAUCAUGCUGCAUGUCAGGAACGAGUUGAUAGUGGUCCUAGUGAUGGACGUGAGGGUAAGGAUGAAGAAAAGAUAAUACAAACAAUAGUUUCACUGUUAAGACAAUCAGGGGACCAACUAGAAAAAAAGAUCAAAAAGGACAGGGUUUUCUAUCAGUGUUUUAAAGCCAUGCUGUCCUACACCUUCUUCAAGAGGGUCACUGAUUUGUUGCUGGAGGAUGUCUCAGCAGAUUCAACAAGUGAGCCAGGAGGCCAAGUACAAUGCACAAAAGUAGCCUUUACAAUGGAAGUUGCCACCAGACUUACUGCUGUGGACAACCAUCCUAUGAACUUGGUCUUGGGCUUUGGAUUAAAGUACCUCAGAGAACACUUCAAGCCGUGGAUUCAGGACCAGGGAGGCUGGGAGAAGGCUUUGAGUUCACUGGAUCAGGAAGAAGUAGAGUAA